UCAACGGACACCAGGAUGUUUCGGUUCAUCCUCCUUCUCACGGCGGUGGCCGCGGCCGUAGCAUAUCACACUCCCAACUACGUCGCUGGUCGUUCCACCAUGGUUCAUCUUUUUGAGUGGAAGUGGGACGACAUCGCAGAUGAGUGUGAACGUUUCUUGGGUCCUCAUGGAUUUGGUGGUGUCCAGACAUCUCCGGCCGGUGAAAACCUUAUAGUUAGGGCUUACAAUCGCCCAUGGUGGGAGCGAUACCAGCCCAUAUCAUACCGACUGGUUACCCGCUCAGGUAAUGAGCAACAGUUCGCCAACAUGGUUCGACGCUGCAACAACGUCGGUGUCAGGAUCUACGUUGAUGCAAUCAUCAAUCAUAUGACAGGAACGUGGAACGAUAAUGUCGGUACUGAUGGUAGCACUGCUGACUUCGACAACUGGAACUAUCCUGAUGUGCCUUACACUCGUAUGGAUUUCAACUAUCCCCAAUGUAAUAUUUAUGGGCACGAUUAUGGCUGCUGUCCAGAUAGGGUACGAAACUGCGAGCUUGGAGGUCUGAAAGAUUUAAAUCAAACUACUGAAUAUGUACGUGAGCAACUUGUAGGAUUUCUGAACAGCAUGAUCGACUUAGGUGUCGCUGGUUUCAGAAUUGACGCCGCAAAACAUAUGUGGCCCAGCGACCUUCGAGUUAUCUUCGACAGACUACACAACCUUAAUACCGACCAUGGCUUCCCAGCUGGCGCUCGUCCUUACAUUUACCAAGAAGUCAUUGAUUUCGGACAUGAAGCUGUUUCUCGGAAUGAAUACACUCCUCUUGGUGAUGUUCAAGAGUUCAAAUUUGGUCUGGAACUCAGCAGAGCCUUCCUAGGUGGAAACCAAUUGAAAUGGUUGGUCAGCUGGGGGCCUGAAUGGGAUUUUUUGGAUUCCGAUGUUUCUAUGGUUUUUGUUGACAACCAUGACAACCAGAGAGGACAUGGUUCUGCUGGUGACAUUCUCACCUACAAACGGGCAAAGCAAUACAAGGCGGCUAUUGCAUUCAUGUUGGCUCAUCCUUACGGUGAACCCCAGAUGAUAAGCAGUUUUGAUUUCACUGACUCUGAAGCUGGACCUCCGCAAGACAGCAACGAGAACAUCAUUUCACCUUCAAUUAACUCUGAUAACACCUGUGGGAACGGCUGGGUAUGCGAGCACCGCUGGCGGCAGAUCUACCAGAUGGUAGCGUUCAGAAACGUUGCCGCUGGUCAUAGCCUUAACAACUGGUGGGAUAACGACAGCAAUCAAAUCGCCUUUUGCCGAGGCAAUGCUGCUUUCAUCGCUUUCAAUAAUGAUCAAUGGGCUUUAAACCAGAGUCUCCAGACCUGUCUUCCAACUGGUACAUACUGUGAUAUAAUUUCGGGCUGGAAGAGCGGAAAUUCUUGCACAGGGAAGACCGUUACAGUGGGCAAUGACGGCCAAGCUCAAAUCUCAAUUAGUCCUAUUGAGUUCGACAUGAUACUCGCUAUUCAUGUAGGCGAACAGUCUCGGCUUUGAAAGAAGACGCUUUAUCUGAGAGAGAUGAAGACUGGUGUUCGUUGCAAAUGACAAAAUAACUGUUAAUAAACCUUUGCUGCAAAACA